AAAAAUUUGAGAGAAAAUUCGAGAAUAAAAGCUUAAAUAAUACAAUAUUUACAUAAUUGCAAUGAAAAUAUAGAUAGUUGUUACUCAGGGUUAAUAUAAAAUAGAUUUACUCGUUUUCAGUUGAGUCACCUUUUGGAAAGCAUAAACUUUGAAUAUAGGGAGAAUUCCAAGGACUUUCAAUAGUUUGGAGAAAUUGUGGAAAAAUAACAAUAACAACAUUCAGAAAUUUCAAAAGUUUAGCGAAGAGUCAUGAAAUGGAGACAAGAAAUUUGCAGCUUUACAUGUUAUCGAUCUGUUCUUCUUCUUCUGCUGCUGCUGCUGCUUUCAUUCACAUCCUUCUGUUCAAGAUUUUGCUUUGCCGGCGAUACCAUCACUCCAGCAAAUUUCAUCAAAGACCCAGCAACCAUUAUAUCUAAUGGCGGUGUUUUCUCGUUGGGGUUCUUCUCGCCUCUUAAUUCUACACGCCGAUAUGUCGGAAUUUGGUUCCACAAAAUUUCUUCACAAGCUGUAGUAUGGGUGGCCAACAGAGACAACCCUAUCAAAGAUACUUCUGGGAUUUUCACUAUUUCCAAUGAUGGGAAUCUUGUCGUCUUGGAUUCAAACAACAACAUUCUUUGGUCGUCGAAUGUUUCUUCCUCUGUAAUUGGAACCGACAAUACCAGUGCUCAGAUUUUAGAUUCCGGAAACCUGGUUCUGAAAGAUUCUACGUCUGGGGUGAUUAUAUGGGAGAGUUUCAAACACCCUUGUGAUAAAUUCUUGACUUCCAUGAAGAUUAAGACGAACACAAGAACUAAAGAGGUGAUCGGCUAUACCUCAUGGAACACCCCUUCCGAUCCAGCUACUGGAAAGUUUUUAUUUCAGCUGGAUGUUCAUAAUAUCCCUGAAGCUGUCAUUUUGAAUGGUCGGGACACAUUUUGGCGCUCCGGUCCAUGGAGCGGUCAGUCCUUUAUUGGAAUACCUGAAAUGAACUCUGUUUACCUCUCUGGAUAUAACCUCGCAAUCGAAGACCAAACUUACACUCUCUCUCUUGCUUCUAAAUAUGUCGCUCGAGAAUUUUCUUAUUUGUUCUUGAACUCACAAGGGAUUGUUCAGCAAAUGGAUUGGGAUGCUGAGAAGCAGCACUGGAGUGCUAGUUGGUCAGCUCAGAAAACAGAGUGCGAUUUGUAUGGCGCUUGUGGGGCGUUUGGGAUCUGUAAUGCGAAAACAUCCCCUGUUUGCAGCUGCUUAAGAGGGUUUGAGCCAAAGCACGAAGAGGAAUGGAAUCAAGGAAAUUGGAGUAAUGGGUGUGUGAGAAAGACGCCAUUAAAAUGCGAGAACAGGUCUAGUACAGAGGAAGAUGGGUUUUCUAAACUGGAAAUGGUUAAAGUUCCAUUUUUGGCAGAGUGGUCUAAUUCCUCUGCUUCAGUAGACGAUUGCAGGCGCGACUGCUUGGAAAAUUGUCGGUGUUCUUCUUAUGCAUUUGAGAAUGAAAUAUGCAUGCACUGGAGGAAUGCCUUAAUUGAUAUACAAAAGUUCGAGAGAGGUGGAGCAGAUCUGUACCUUCGAAUGGCAUUCGCAGAUUUAGAUUCAAGUACACUCUUCCCAAACUUCCUACAAUUUCAUUAUUUCCAUCUAAAUCUCUCAAACAUUUCUGUCAUUUGCGGCGCAGAUAAUGUAAGAGACAAGAAACGAAUUACUAUAGCCGUAGUUGUACCAGCAACGCUUGUCACCUUCAUCGUUGCCAUAGCCUUUUGCUGGAAAUGGAAGACUAAAAAACAGAAGAAGAGGAUAAUGCUGACGUAUGGUGAAAGAGAAAAGAAUUUGAAGCAAACACGGGAGAGUGAUACUAUGAUUGAGGAUGAUAUCAAACUUGAGGAGCUGCCACUUUAUGACUUUGAGAAGCUAGCAAUUGCAACCAAUGAGUUUGAUAUGAGCAACAAGCUUGGGCAGGGUGGGUUUGGGCCCGUAUAUAAGGGGAGGUUAUUGAAUGGACAGGAAAUAGCAGUAAAGAGGCUUUCAAGAGCCUCUAAACAAGGGUACGAAGAGUUUAUAAACGAAGUGAGAGUGAUUUCAAAGCUGCAACACAGGAAUCUUGUACGCCUUUUGGGAUGUUGCAUUGAAGGAGAAGAGAAGAUGUUAAUAUAUGAGUAUAUGCCCAACCUAAGUUUGGAUGCCUUCAUCUUUGGCUCCCGUGUAAAAAAAUUCCUCGAUUGGAAUAAAAGAUUUAAAAUUAUCGAUGGAAUUGCUCGAGGUCUUCUUUACCUUCAUAGGGAUUCGAGAUUGAAAAUCAUUCAUAGAGAUCUCAAAGUAAGUAACAUUUUGUUAGACAAAGAUUUGAACCCUAAAAUUUCAGAUUUUGGCAUGGCAAGAAUUUUUUACAGCAACGAGGUUCAAGCAAACACUUUACGAGUUGUUGGAACUUAUGGAUAUAUGUCUCCUGAGUAUGCAAUGCAAGGUCAAUUUUCAGAAAAAUCAGAUGUAUUUAGUUUCGGAGUUUUAUUGCUCGAAAUUAUUAGUGGAAAAAGAAAUACAGAGUUCUAUGGCCAUCAACAUGCCAUAAGCUUACUGGGAUUUGUAUGGAAGCUAUGGAUGGAAGACAAUCUUAUUCCUUUGAUUGAACCGACAAUAUAUGAACCAUGUUACCAAUUAGAGAUUUUGAGAUGUAUUCAAGUGGGGCUCUUAUGCGUUCAAGAAUUUGUAAAUGAUAGGCCAAAUGUUUCCACUAUCAUUUCCAUGCUUAACAGUGAAAUCGUUGAUCUUCCUUCUCCAAAUCAACCCGGCUUUGUUGGCAGACCAUAUGAAAGUAGCACAGAAUCUUCUCAACCAAACUUAGAUAGAUAUUCAGCCAAUAAUGUUACAGUUACUACAGUUGCAGCUCGAUAAUGUGUUACGUUAGAAAAACAAAUUAUUUUAUAUACCUUAAGUUUCAUGUAAUUUUGUCUUUUAGAAAAACUAC